AUGCUGUCAUCAACAUCAGGCCAGGGCUUUAAGGAGUUCCAAUCUGAAGCUAACGUUCUGAUGAAUGUUCAUCAUAAAAACUUGACGUCGCUUGUGGGGUACUGCAUUGAGGGAACAAACAUUGGGAUCAUCUAUGAAUUCAUGGCCAAUGGAAACUUACACCAGAAUCUCUCAGCCGGAAACCAUAAUGUUCUAAGCUUUUGGGAUAGGCUCCGAAUUGCUGCAGAUUCUGCCCAAGGAUUGGAGUAUCUUCACCAUGGUUGCAAGCCGCCCAUAGUUCACAGAGAUGUCAAAUGUACGAAUAUCCUGCUCAAUGAAAAGUUCCAAGCCAAAAUAGCUGAUUUUGGAUUAUCGCGAGCUUAUCCUGAUGAAAAUCAGACGCAUAUCUCAACAGUUAUCGCAGGCACUUGGGGAUACGUGGAUCCUGAGUAUUACACAUUAGCUAAGUUGACUGAGAAGAGCGAUGUGUAUAGUUUUGGCGUUGUUAUUUUGGAAAUAAUGACAGGGCAACCUGCAAUAAUAGGGAAAGCCCCUGACCAAGCUCACAUUAGUCGUUGGGUGACCUCCAUGCUGAAGAAUGGGAACAUUAAGGACGUAGUUGAUCCCAGGUUAAUGGGCGAGUUUGACGCUAAUUCAGCUUGGAAAACUGUGGAACUGGCACUGGCUUGUGUGUCUCAAGAUUCCAACAAAAGACCCACUAUGAAUGAGGUUGUGAGUGAGUUGAAGGAUUGCUUGGCAACGGAGAUGGCUAGACAUGGCGGCACAACUUCACAGAGGUCCAUCGAUAAUUUGCCCGCUGCAACUAUUGACUCAGAAUUUGGGCCCAUGGCAAGGUAG